GGCGAAUUCGGUUUGCGUAUCCGGAUGAGAGAAGAGCAGAUCUUGCGAGAUGGGGUUGACUCAGGACGAGGCGAUGCAGGUGCUGCGCUGCGUCUCCAAGCUUCAAGCCGAGCUGCCGCUGCAAAAGGCCAAGCUUCGGAGGCUAAAGGACCUCCUCGUGGCACGCGACCCGUGGCUCGUCAGCCUCGUCCAAGCCGUGGUUGCAACCAAGUCGAGCCUCCUACCAUAUCUGCGCGUGUUCCUUUUGAUGCUGCCAGGCGACGCGACGCGGACUCACUGCGCCGAGGGCUGCGAUCCCAUGGACCUGGAUCUCCUCCUGACGCUGUUUCCCAUAUCGCCUGACGAAGCAGAGGACGCGCUGGCUGCGUGUGCGCAGGACGUUGUCUUGGCCAUCCUCGACCUCGACGCCAACCGUCCUCGGACCCUCUACGACCAGUGACACCAAGGUCUUCGGGAUGGCCAUCGAUCGUCCUCGGAGCACGACGGAAGCACCACUGGCUGCCUACGCCGAGCUGUGGCAUUGUCCUGGUGCGCGAAUAGUUUUGGGAUAUAUGGAUACCACGUUGGUAGGAUUAAAUACAGG